UCUGACAGCAGAUAAGGCGUGAAGGUUGUAAAAAGAAAAACAGCAAACAGUGAAAAGUGAGGUUAGCCAGCCAAGAAGAGUAUGAAGGGACAGCUCUCACUAUAUUUGAACCUCCUCAUUCUGGGGAGCCUGCUGACCACUUUCCUCUGGUAUACAUUAAGCGACAACUGGUACCAUUGCAGAGUAGAACCUCAAAGCACUGACUCGUGUAAAGAAUGCAGGGAGAUCAAACACAUAAUAGAGCUUUGCUCUGCAUCAUGGACGAGAGAAAAUCCAAAAUCCAGUAAUAAACAACUUCUCUCAAAGCCUGAAAAGAAAAAUCUACCUGAAUCCUCUGAUUCAUAUAAAGAGCGCAGAGAGAAAACAAAUAAAUUGUUGGAAUCUUACUCUCAAGCAUGGGAGAAAAACGAAGAAAAUCACCUCAAAUUUAGGACUCGGUUGAGCCUCAAGUGCAAUGGUUUUGACAAUGCCAUCAUAACCCAGACAAACACUCCAUUGGGUUCCAAGCUUGUUUAUGAUGGGGAAAAGAAGAAAACCCUCACGGUUAAUGAAGAUCAUUUCAGCACUUUUCUUCAAGGGCAUCCUUUCUUGAAUAAAACACGGCAUACAUGUGCUGUUGUUGGAAAUGGUGGGAUCCUGGGAAACAGCAGCUGUGGAAAAACGAUUGAUUCAGCUCAAUUUGUUAUCAGGUGUAAUUUACCUCCUCUGACAAAGGAAGAUGAAAAACAUGUUGGCAUGAAAACAGACCUUGUAACUGCAAACCCGAGUAUAUUCGUAAUAAAGUAUGGCUCUCUUUUAGGACGUCGACGUAUGUUUGUUGAAAGUCUGUGCCAAUAUGGCAACUCCAUGCUGCUCAUUCCUGCCUUCUCCUAUUCUGCAAACACAGCCAUAUCUCUACGGGCUGUUUACACCAUUGAGGAUUUUGGAAGCCCUAUGAGGCCUGUUUUCUUCAACCCACAGUACCUUAAAACUCUGGCUGGUUUCUGGCGUUCUCAAGGACUAAAGGAAAAUCGUCUUAGCACGGGCAUUAUAAUGACAAGCCUGGCACUGGAGCUUUGUGACAAUGUGCAUCUGUAUGGAUUCUGGCCCUUCGGUGUUCACCCACACAGCUUCCAAGACCUUCCCAACCAUUAUUAUGAUGACAUUAAGGUGAAAGCAGGAUUCCACUCCAUGUCGGCUGAGUUCAAGUUUUUGUUGCAAUUGCACAACCAAGGUGUACUUAAGCUUCACCUGGGCGAGUGUGGACCAAAUUAAUAGUAGUUUCAUUUGGCAAAGAAUAAUUUGCCCUCUCUUUGGCUUCACCGUGAAGCCAAUCCAAAAGAUACUUAGUUAGAUUAUUGGAUGGACUGAGUUUUGGAACAAACAAAGUCAAGGUCAAGAUUAUGUUACUUAUAAGAAGGGGUUAUGGGUAUUGUGUAUGACUCUACAGUUUUUGG